UCUCAGAGAGCAGAAAUGAGUUUGAUAUCAUUUACUUCAAGGAUACAAACAUUUAUGUGAAAUAAAACUUUUUUUUUUUCUAUGAAUAUAUCAUCCAUAGUAUUCUAGUGAAAACCAGAAAUACUUCUAAACAUUACAAAUUGUGUCUACUUUCAUAUGAGCUUCACCACUGUGGAGUGAGACAUGACAAGGUAAAAAAAACAAAAAAAAACAAGUGAAAAUCCAUUAUUUUGGUGUCUGGUUAAAAAAAGUUAAAAGAAUAAGGUAAGAUUUAAAGUAAGCAGCUUUUGAGAUCUGCAUAGUUUGGCUUAUUUUCUUGUGUUGUGGAGGCAGGAAGUUAACGAGGGUUUGUCAAAACAGCUGCCAUCUUUGAUUUUCAUGCCAGGUGACUUUAAUCUACACAACCAUCGUUACUCCAAGCUGUUAGAAACUGCAUCGUGGAGCUGUGAUACCUGGAACGCUGUACAGUAGAGUCCUGAGGAACAUGUACUUCCUGCACACCAUUGAGGAAGAUGAAGAACCUGAGGAACUGCAGGAAUCUGAUGGAGGAGGCCAGAUGGAGGCAGGUGAAAUGUCGCUACAUGCUGAAGUUCUUAUUAAACGGAUGUAGAAUUGAACGUCACUGUGGUUCAUUAGGCAUCAGAACGUCGAGACACGAAACUGACUCGGAGGCAUACAAAGCCGACAUGGUUCACUCUGAGAAAGUUACAAUCUCGGAGGGACUGAGAAGACCAAGCAAUGAACUGAAUAAGAGACUCAGCUCAUCAACAGCAAGAAACCUGAGGAGAAGUAGCUCUUCACCAGCGACAAGGUCUAAGAGAGGAAGCUCUUCAGCAUUCGGAAGCCCUAACAGAAGGAAAAUUUCAACACCACAGAGCUCUAAAGGAACGAGUUCAACAGUACCAGGAAGUUCUCGGAGAAGGACCUCCUCAGCACUACAUGACGUUUUGAGAGAUACUUCUGCAGGACCCAGAAGAGUGGGGAAGAGAGAUGGACAAAAGAUAUCUUCUGUGAAGGGGACUGGUGAAAAAGAGCCAUCUACAUCAUCGAGACAGAGACGCAGACAACGUACACACCCGACUCCUGAGCAUGACAACCUUCCUGCUCCUCAGUGGGUCAUCGAUCUGAUGCUUGACAUUGAGGAAGCCACCAAGCACAAGCUGACCGUGGAGUAAAAAUAAAAAUAUUCUCACAGUAUUACAGGCUGCAGGUGAAGUGAAGAGUGAGGACGCAGUCAAUCCUAUAUUUUUUCCCUUUUCUUUAACACUAUCAUAAAAUGAUAUGUAAAUCAUUAUAAACAAUUGUGAAGCAGUUAA